AUGAGUAUGAUGACGACGGAACAAGACGCGUUCGAAGACGCGAUGAAACGGUUCGGGAUUCGAAGUCAAAUUCGAUUGAUGACGGUGGGAGAAAAAGAUGAAGAUGAGAUGAGAUACGGCUUGUUCGCGAACGGAAAUGUUGGUUGGACGGAGCCUGGAGUGUUGUUAGAGGUCCCUUUAGACGUGUGCAUAGUCGCGCCCAUAGGCGAUGAUGAUGAUAAUGGAGGUGUUAUUGCGACGAAUAAAACGGCGUUUGAUAUCGUCAAAGUGUUCGAGAAAAGAAACGCGUACUUACCUACGUUUACGAAGAAGCUGGUGCAAGCGAAAACGAGCGAACGACGCGAGAUGGGGUUGGCGUUGUGGUUGCUCUGGGCGAUACGCGCGGAAACGAAAGGGAAUGACGUGUGGCGAGAGUACGGUCAAAAUUGGUUACCGAAAGAUGCGCACGAGUUACCUUCGAUGUUAUUGGCGAGAGAGGAGGAAGAGUUGAGCGUGUGCGCUUCGUUCGAUCCGCAGUUGAUCGAGGACGCGAUGCAAUUGAAGAAGAAGAUAAAAGAGAUGUUUGUGAAAUUUGAAAUUCAGUUCAAGAGCGAAGAGGAAAUUGGCGUACGCGACGGCGUGAACGUCGAGGAUUUGUAUUACGCGUUUUCGUUGAUUCGGUCUCGGGCGAUUGCCGCUAAAGUUGGAGAAACGCCCGAGUCGCGAGUAGAUAACACCGACGUCGCGGUGUUGGCGCCGUGCGUUGACAUGGCCAAUCACGCGGCGUCGAAGGACGUGAACGCGCUGAAAAAAAUAGGCGCGAGCGACGGAGGAGGUAUGAAGGGAUCGUUGUUUAGGUUAGUGAACGGCGGUACCGUGGACGGCGGCGGUGGUAGCGUCGUAUUGGAAACUCGACGAGCGGUGAAGAAAGACGAAGAGAUUACGAUUAGCUAUGGCCCGCGCUUGGACAACAAAGAGUUGAUGCGCGCGUAUGGGUUUUGUUUAGAAGCGAAUAAAUUUGAUAGAUUAGAAAUAGGGCAGCAGCGUAGUAAUGAAACAACGUGGGCGUUAAACGCGACGAAGAUGCGUUCUAUGUGCGAAGAAAUGGAGAUUGUUUAUCGAGGCGUGGACGAAAAGACGUUGAAUUACGUGGACGCGAUUGUUCGUAGCGUUUCGUUGGACGAGAGCGAUUUUCGCGACGAUGACGCGAGCGCGGCGACAACGACGACAGAAGAAAACGUAGUAAACAACAACGCAAAAGAGUUAGAAAACGCGUUCAAAAUCCACGCAUUGUGGAGCGUGCGAUUAAACGCAAUCUUAGAGACGCUCUCCGAAACAGAUUUAGAGGACGAGAUGGCGUCGCUCAUCGAAACCGCGGAAGAACGCAAUAGAAAAAAGCAAAACGACGGGGCGACCGCGUUCUUACCGGCUGUCUUGAGAUACAAACAAAAUCACAUUCGGUUCCUCGCGAAAGGAUGCGAAGUCCUCCAGUCCUACAUCGACUGGCUCGACGACGAAGAAGAAGAAGAAGAAGAAAUAUAG